CUCUUAAAGAGGCUCAGAAGUCCUUCCUUUCGUCAGUCUGGAAGUUGGUUAGAACAGGUGAGAAGUAGGAUCAGACGGUCGUGCUAAAAUGGGGACGGUAACUCUGUUGGUUCUGGUAUUGGCUUUCACAUCUACAACUGUGGCAAGGUCUAAGGUUCAGUUCACACGGUUUCGUUCAUGGAACUCAAGAAUGUACCCCGUAUGGAGAGAUGGAGACUCAAGACUCAGAAACUGUUGGACUGGCGGUAACGUAUCCUUUGAAGUCCGGAACGACGCGCCCACCCUGACGGGCGCCAAGGCGACCUUCAACAUCGACCUCCACUUCCCCACCAACCAAUCCGUGCUCCCCGACGGCCAGGUGGUCUGGGCCAGGAACUGCACCGUCGACGGGCGGGACUAUGUGGAGGGGCAGGCGGUGUACGCUGACCGGGCCUCAGGCAGCAGAGGAGUCGGGGUGUUCCCAGACGGCUCCUCCUUCAACAGGACUCAGGAUCGGAAGCCCCGCUACGUGUUUGUGUGGAAAACUUGGGGUCGCUUCUGGCAGGUGGCCGACGGCCCCUCCUCCUCCCUCAGCAUUGACACCGACAACGUCCCGCUGGGCUCUUACAAAAUGGAGGUGGUCAUCUACCACAGCCGUGGAGACGACCAGUUCAUCCCCCUCGGAUAUGCCUCAACACAGUUCUCCAUCACCGAUCAAAUCCCCUUCACCAUCUCCCUCAACCAGAUCAACGACGUCAACCAGAACGACCAGAGCUUCAUCCAGAACCGAGCCAUCGCCUUCAACGUCCGGCUCCACGAUCCCAGCCAGUACCUGGGCUCCUCCGACAUCACCUUCAACUGGGACUUUGGGGACCAGACCGGGACCCUCAUCUCCAGGGACCUGAGCGUGACUCACACCUACCUGUCGCCAGGCGCCUACAAACCCAAGGUGGUACUGAUGGCCACCAUUCCCAACGCCUGUGCCGAGACCACCGCCGUGGCCCCAGUCGCCCCUGUAGUCGUUGUAGUGGCCUCCACCCCGAGCCCCAUCCCAGCUGACGACCUGGCACUCGCUGCCUCCGUCCAGCCAGCGACCGACCUCGCUGUGGACACAGCAGCCGAGGCCGCCGUUGCCCCUGCAGCAGAGGGGGAGGCAGACGCCGCCGUGGUCCCGGAAACCGUAGAGACCGUGGAGGCCGUUGUGGCGCCUGGAGAUGAAGAGGCCCUUGUCGUCCCUGCAGCAGGAGAGGCUGUUGAGGUCGUCCUGACCCCUGGAGAUGAAGAGGCCCUCGUUGUCCCUGCAGCAGGAGAGGCUGUUGAGGUCGUCCUGGCCCCUGGAGAUGAAGAGGUUGUUGAGGCAGCUGUCGCCCCUGCAGGUGAAGAGGCGGUCGAAGCCGCUGUGACCCCGGCCACCGUAGAGGCUGUGGAGGCCGUUGUUGUCGCUGGAGAUGAAGUGGCCGUUGAGGCAGCCGUCGUCGUCCCGGAGGCAGAAGAUGCUGUUGUGGCCGCUGUGGUCCCUGCAGCUGAAGAGGCUGAUGAGGCCGCUGUAGCCGCUGCAGAGGGAGAGGUUGUUGAGGCCGCCGUGGCCCCUGAGGCAGAAGAGGUUGUUGAGGCCGCCGUGGCCCCUGAGGCAGAAGAGGUUGUUGAGGCCGCCGUGGCCCCUGAGGCAGAAGAGGUUGUUGAGGCCGCCGUGGCCCCUGAGGCAGAAGCGGUUGUUGAGGCCGCCGUGGCCGCUGUAGAUGAAGCCGCUGUCCCCACCGACGCGGCUGCCGUCGCCGUCGCCGUCGAUGGCGUGGCCGUGGAGGCAGAAGAAGCCCUGGUGGUGGAGGCUGCCACUGAGGCGGUUGCCGUGGUAACAGAGGCGGCCCCGGCCGUUAACGUCCUGGUACCUGCGGCCACUGAGAGCACCGCGGUGGUCGUGGAGGCCGCAGCCGCGGUCAACGCUGAGGCGGAAGUAGCAGAGGUCGAAUUCAACGAGGGCGCAGUCCCAACAGUUGGAGUAGUCGCGGUGGAGUUGGCGGCUGAGGUUGAGGUCACCGCGGAGAACGAGCCCGCCCAGGUGGCGCUGGUCCUGACCAAGAGACAGGCCCCCGAAGCCCCCGCAGACUGCACCGUCUACCGCUACGGCUCCCUGGCCACCUCGGUGGAGAUCAUCCAGGGGAUAGAGAGUGUGGAGAUCCUGCAGGUUUCCAACGUGGUGUCCCUGACGACUGAGCUGGGGCAGAAUGCCGUGGACCUGACCAUCAGCUGUCAAGGAAGCCUGCCCAGCGAGGUGUGCACCGUGGUCUCCGACGCCGACUGCGUGACGCCCGUGGAGACGGUGUGCGGCGUGGCGCUGCCGUCCCCGGACUGCCAGCUGGUCCUCCGCCAGUUCUUCAACGGCUCCGGCGAGUUCUGCGUCAACGUGUCGCUCACCAACGACGUGAGCCUCGCCGUGACCAGCGCCAGAGUCAGCGUCACCGUCGGUUCAUCGGGUUCUCCUGCCGGCACCGCCGCUACUGUACUGGGAGUCAUGGUCAUCGUGGGCAUCAUGGGCACCAUCGGACUGAUGUACAGACGGGUGAAGCAGUACCAGCCCCUGCGGGAGGAGGGUGAGGGCAGUGGGGUCAACACCAUCACGUCGGUGCCCCUGCUGCUGUGGAACCUGCUGAGCCGCCAGUCUCCAGGAGAGAGUCGUCCCCUGCUCCAGAGCCGAGGCGUCUAGGGCCAGGCUGCCAUCACCACCCCCGGCCCCUUCCCCUGGGGACAGGCACACACUGUAGCCCAACGUGUAGGCCCCUGUUCUCACACAACCUGACGGAAACGUACCUUCACACAAUCCCCUGUUAAAGCGCUCAACGACCAGAUGCAGAAAUGGAAUUACUUCAUUCACAGAUGAAAUAAAAUAAUUUCCAUGGAACCCAGAUGGCCGUCAAUAAAUGCUUCCGUUGUGAGAAAAUCUUG